CAAGUGUACUUAAUUUGAUUUUUUCGAUAAUUUGAAGCUCGUUUUGGAGUCGUUUGUGGUUCCAGGAUGUCCUCAAGCAGCCCGAAAUCCCCAUCCCAGCGGAGUCCCCUCGUGGACAAUACGCUCGAUUUGUACCUCAACACUCGCCGCUCCCGCGAAUGUCUCAAAUGGGGUUCCAUCAACAUCGGCCUCCUUUCGAUCGUCCUGUUCGACAUCUCCAACAAGUGUCCGUAUUCGUUUUCGCCCUGGUACUACGUGGAGUACGUCGCGGCUGGAAUCCUCGGCGCGUCGGUUCUGUACUACUUUGCGCGUUACUUUUACUACCUGUUCAGCAAGAAGCCCCUCGAGGGAACCGACCAGCAACGGAAGCUGCUCAAGUUCGACGCCAACGACAAUUCGUUCGUGACCACAACUCCGGUGGCCUCGAGGAAGCAGUCUAGCGCCGUAACUCCGGGUGGGAAUUUGUCGUCGGUCAGUUUGCACUCGUUCAACGAAAGUGGCUUGACGGUGGGCUCGCCUGGGUGGGUCUUCAACCGGGGGAGUCCUCAGGGAACGCCGCAACAGCAGCAGCCUCAGGAUCGCAACAGUUCCAUGCAGAAUUACUCGUUCGAGGGAUCGUUCAGUACGAGCGCCAACAAUUCGACCAACUUUUCACCGUCGGUGCGGAAGUUUGUCACCAAGAAUGACUUUAUUAUGGACGAAAAGAGCUUGCAGAGCUAUUUGAGGGAAUACACGACCGAGGAGAAGAACAACAGCUCGUUUUUGGAGCGCAUGAACACGUCGGGGAAUACGUUCAACUCGUUCUGGAACAGUUACAAGCUGGACGACAUGCAGAACCUGCUGAAGACGUCGCUGUACCAGCUGUCUCCGUCGGCUCCGCCGAGCAAGCAAACCCUCAAGGAGCACGAAUCCGGUCCGUACAAUCCGAUUGACGCGGAGAUUAGCUCCGAGGUGUUGAAGAAGAUCUCGUCGGUUCAACUGUCCAACUAUGUGGCGAAUUUGAGGAUGUGGAUCUCGCUGACCAUCCUGCAGCGGAUCACCUCGGAAAUGAACAGCAUCGACCAGUCGUUCAAGACGCGUGGCUUCUCCGACAUCCAACUCGGCAGCGUCGGCUUGGAACGGUUGAAAAAGACCGCAGAAAAUCAGCAACUCGUUACCCUGUACAUCCCGAAACUCCCCCUCUUGAUUCCCUUCCUGGAGAUGUCAACCAACCAGGAGUAUCUAGUGCAGCGCAUGAAAGACCUAGCCAACGGCAGCUGCAUCGCCGACUACCGCUGGAACUCGGGCUCGUCGUACAAGGGGCUCAGCUGGGACGAACAUCUGCCGACGGAUUCGGCCAUCGUCUUCCAUCUGUUUUGCACCUACAUGGACAGUCAGCUGAGACCGCUGCCGCAGCCCGGUGGACGGCCCUUCUACCAUCGGUACGUCGUGCUGGCGGACAAGAAGAGCCAAAAGGAGACGCUGGCCGAGGUGGCCACCAAGAACAAGGCCAAGUGCGCCAUUCUCUGCUCGAACCCGAUGAAGCCAAAGUUUAACUUUAUCUCGGACGAUAAGAUCCACAAUUGUGCGCAUGAUCGCAACAAUCUGUUUUACGUCCUCAUUCAGUUCCUGAUUUAUAUGAAGAAUCAUCACGAAGGAUUGGUGGAGGGAAUCAACCUCGGAAAAAGUGGGAUCAACGUGAUGUGCGUGGUAGAAGAUUAAGUCUAAAGUAAGUAAUUUCAUUAUUUUUCUCUCUUAAAAUUGAUUCAUAACAUCAUCUUAAAAUAGAUAGGAAUCUUUUGUUCAAUUUA